AGCAGCUCGGCUAAGCUCCGCCAUUGAGGGAGUUACGAUUCCGAGGGAAGGUUCAGGGAGAGAGAGAGGCUCUACAUCGGAACCGCACAGUCUCGUGUUCCCCCUGGGGUGAUAAAAAAAAGGGAUAACAGUCGUAACAGGUACCGGUAACUGUCUCUCGGUACUCUCGUCGCCUUCCUGUGCUCUAUCGCCGUGUGUCUCCGCCACCUCCAAGGGACUAAAUUGGAAGAAGUAAUUGGGGGGCAAAGCGAGGCGAGCUAAGGCUAGCUUUGGCUAGCUGUUCACGGGAGGGAGGGGAGGAGGGGUGGGGGAAGGGGGUGGGUGAUUCUUGUCUACUCUCGUUUGAUGGAUCCGCGAAUCUCCUGGUUCCAACCAGAACAACGUGGACCCGCCAACAACCUGUGGAUGCAGAUCUGGGAGACGACGCAAGGGUUUGGCUAUCUGCAAGUCAACAACAGUUUCGGCAUCCUGAAAGCGAGCCUCAACGCGGCGUCAGGAGCCGUCCUCCUCGCUGCUGGGACCGGGCCGUCAGAGUCGAUCAUGACGAGUCCAACCGGGGACGGCGAGAUCAUGGAGCAGCGGGACUUUUUGCCGCUAGAGACCGGCAACCGCAACCAUCGAGCGACCCCGCCGAGCAGCAGGAGCCCGGCGGACGGGCACCCCAAUAAGCGGAAACGGGACAACAAGGCGAGCACCUUCGGAUUCAACUCCAGUCUCUUGAACGGUAGCCCCGGCACGGAGGGCCGCGACGUGUUCGCGGGCACGCCGUGGAAAAGCAGGAACUACUCGGAAGGGAUCGUUGGGUUACAUGAAGAAAUCAAAGACUUUUACGCAUACAUCUCGCCACGUCCGGAAGAGGAGAAGAUGAGGCUGGAGGUGGUGGACAGAAUUAAAAGCGUCAUCCACAACCUUUGGCCGAGCGCUGAGGUGCAGGUAUUUGGAAGCUUCAGCACGGGUCUCUAUUUGCCAACAAGUGACAUCGACUUGGUGGUAUUUGGAAAGUGGGAGACACUCCCCCUGUGGACACUGGAAGAGGCUCUGCGAAAGAGGAACGUGGCCGACAAGAACUCGAUCAAAGUUCUGGACAAAGCCACAGUACCCAUCAUCAAGCUGACGGACUACUACACGGACGUCAAAGUGGACAUCAGCUUCAAUGUGAAGAGCGGCGUCAAAGCGGCAUGCCUCAUCAAAGAAUUCAAAGAGAAAUACCCCGUGCUGCCUUACCUGGUCUUGGUGCUCAAGCAGUUCCUCCUGCAGAGGGACCUUAAUGAGGUUUUCACCGGCGGAAUCGGCUCCUACAGUCUCUUCCUCAUGGCCGUCAGCUUCCUGCAGCUCCACUACAGGGAGGACGUUUGCAGCCCCAACAUCAACUUCGGCGUGCUGCUCAUCGAGUUUUUUGAGCUCUACGGACGCCAUUUUAACUACUUAAAAACUGGCAUCCGUAUAAAAGACGGCGGCUGCUAUGUGGCCAAAGACGAGGUUCAGAACAUGAUGGACGGCUACAGGCCCUCCAUGCUCUACAUCGAGGAUCCUCUACAGCCAGACAACGACGUUGGCCGCAGCUCCUACGGUGCCAUGCAGGUGAAGCAAGCAUUUGACUACGCCUACGUGGUGCUCAGCCACGCCGUCUCGCCCAUCGCCAAAUACUACCCCAACAAUGACACAGAGAGCGUGCUUGGCCGAAUCAUCCGCGUGACUCAGGAAGUGGACGAGUACAGGGAGUGGAUCCGAAAGAACUGGGGGAGCUCGUCCCAGAAGGAUCUGACGCUUAACCGAAAUGACGUGACACUGUUCGAGUCCCAACAGCUGGACCAGUGCAACAACAAUGUUCCGGACGAGGAGGAUGACGAGGAGGAUGACGUGGUAGUGAUCCUGCCGAGGAGCAAAAACUCAUCGUCCAACUCUUCUUCGUCGCCGUCUCCUUCCCUGCGCUCGUCGCCGUCCUUGUCCCCACUUUCGCCCUCCACCACAUCCUCCAGCUCCAGUGACGGGGACUCGGACGGCACACCAUGCAAGACGGCCAAGCAACAGUCUGGUCGAGCUGCCAGCGCUCACAGAGAAAAGUCAGCCGUGGUGACCAGUCACCGGACGCAAAACCGCACGGCCAGCACUCCACCAGUAGGCAACAAGGGAGGAAAGGCCCGCUCUCAUCACAAGGGCACCCAGCAGAACUCCCCUCGUUCCUCCGGAAACAGCAAAAGUCAACCAAGUAACCGGCCACACCACCAGGGCAACGGUAAAAAGAGGAAAAAUCUGCGUGACUCUGCACCAGAGGAGCUGUGCAGAUAGGGAAGUAGCCUUUAUCACCCCACUCGCCAUGACUCUUUAAAGGAGGAAAAAAAAGGAGAAGAACGAGCAGUUUUCUCUCUGCGAGCCAGCACUCUAUUGUUCUUUUUUUGCCUCGAGCGCCUCCUGAUGUACAGGAGAGGAAUCUUCUCUUUUGGAGCAAUACACCAGAGACUUCUGCUGUUGGGGAAAAAAGUUUCUAUAAAAAGGAAAAAAAAUAGUGGAAACGGCUUCAAAUGUAAAAAAAAAAAAUAUUGUUUUUUUUUGUUGUUUUUUUAAAUGACAGCAUUGAGGUGUAACUUAUGCAUGAUUUUUUUGGGGGGGAUGAUUUUUGUUGUUAUGUCUGAACAGGUCAUAGGACAGUUUGUAGGGAAAAAAAACUCUAAAAAGAAAAAAAUAACAAACUGUUUCAUAGGAUGAUCUUUUUACAAAAAAAAAUUCACCCACAACUUUUUUUUCUUUCACGGGUGUCUCGUUGCCAUGCCAACAUGACCAAUCAUCAUCAUCAUCAGCAUCCUUCUUUUUACUGUCCGUGUUUAACCUUUUUGGUAACUUUUCCCGCACAAACCUACUGAAAAUGCAACACAUGCUGUACAUAAACUAAAUAUACUAAACAAUAAAUACAAAUGGACGAUCAAUUAAACACCGAUUUCACGCCCGCCCCCUGACUACACCGUUCGGGAAACCCUGCCUUAUAGGGUGGAGUUUAAGCGGCAUUUACACAAUUUUAUUGAGAUCUAUAUACAUUAAAAAUGUGUUAGCGAUACAACUGUGGCGACAAAUGUGUAUUUGUUAAAUGUAUUUAUUUUUUUUAUGGAUUAUAUGGCUAUAGUGUAUGGAUAUAUGGAUAAAUAUAUACAAUAUGAGCCCUUUGAGGAGGCUAUAUGUUUAAAUGCUGCGAUGUGGGGGAGGUUUCAUCAGGAACAAUGACAACAAAUAUUUUUUUCUUCCUAAUUAUUAUUGGCAGUUGUGACCAAGUUGACAAGUGUGAGAGACCAUUUUACGAGUCAUGAUAAAUAUCUAUAUAUAUUUUGCUUUAUUGAUUUUAAUGUGGCUGGUCUACUUGGGUGAAAAAAGGGAGGUUACAUUUUGUUGUAUGAAUCGAAAGGAAACAUUUCUCAAACGUUCAAUAAUUUACUAAAACUGUGACUUUUGCCACGAAAAUGUGUUUGGAUGAUCAUUAAAAUACCUCAGUAGCCCCCUCAAAUUCGGGAAAAACUUUUUUAAGACGGCCCACAAUUCAGUUGUCUUUUGUCAUUGCAGUACAACGUGUAACCUAUAGGUGGUGCUAUUACUCCACUGUGAAACCACAACCUUUGGUCUCGUACUGCAUUUAAAUGUUCGACACAAUAUCUGCAACCUACUAUUAAUUAUCAACAAUGAGAAAUAUCCAGUUGUUAUUCAUUACAGCCAGCAAAUACAGACGUCUGUAUUUUUACAUUUUAGAACAUCUUGGCAGCCAUUUUUAAAUACAAUACUAGAUUUAAAUGCAGUACCUAAGCACUUGUGUUGUGGUAUAUGAGGACAUGAUGAUAUGAUUACCUAUGUUCACAAUAGGAGUACGAGAUAAAGUUGAAAAGGGUUGGCCGUGUAAAGUGUGAAUGUCCCGAAGCGAACACAAACCUUCCAGGUCGUCGAGGAAGGUUCCCAACUGUAUCGUCUGCUGCUUUUCACCAAUUUCAUGCAAUAAAAACAAACAACAACAACAAACAA